CAUAGCUUUCCUCCUCUGCAUCCACACAACGCACUCACGCAGUCACGGCCUAACACAAUCGCCAUGGCGCCAAGCAGCACCAACCGCGGCCGCCGCCGCGUGGUCCUCCUACCGCUGCCCUACCAAGGCCACAUCAACCCCAUGCUUCGCCUCGCCGCCGCGCUGCACUCCCGUGGCCUCGCGGUCACCAUCCUCCACCCAGAGACCCGCGCGCCGGACCGCCGGAAGCUCCCGGCGGACUACCGCCUGGUCACCAUCCCGGACAACAUACCGCCGGAGCUCACCGCGUCCGGGGACGUCGCGUCGUUCGUCUUCACGCUGAAUAAGAACUGCGCAGAGCCGUUCCGGGACUACCUGGCCGGCGCCCUCAGGGAGGAGGAGAAGGGGGAGGACGGCCGCGUCGCCUUCGUGGUGGCCGAUGUCGACUGGUUCGCGCCGCUCUCCGUGGCCAGGGAGCUGGGCGUGGCCGCUCUGGGCCUCAUGACCAGCAGCGCCGCCAGGUUCCUGGUGUACUUGGCGUACCCAAGCCUGUGCCGCAAGGGCUAUUUGCCCGUCCAAGAGUCAAAUUUCAACACUGCGGUCGAGGAGCUUCCCCCCUUCGUUGUGCAAGACUUGCAUCGUGUGAUGGACAUGACUCGACACCUCGCGUACGCAGAUCUCCUCGCCCAUAUCGUCGCCGGCGUGCGGCAAUCCUCCGGCCUAAUAAUCAACACGUCCCAAGACAUUGAGGGCAUGGAGUUCGAGAGAAUCCGCAGCGAGAUUGCCCUCCCGGUGUUCGCCGUCGGCCCUCUGCAUAUGAUGACGUCGUCUUCAUCAGUCGAGAGCAGCCUACUGACAGAAGAUCGCAGCUGUUUGGAUUGGCUAGACACACAACGGCCAAACUCUGUGCUCUAUGUAAGCUUUGGGAGCCUGGUGGGCAUCGACACAAACGAGUUCUUGGAGAUUGCCUGGGGCCUGGCCGACAGCCAGCGCCCGUUUGUGUGGGUGGUCCGGCCGAGGCUGGUGCACGAUUGCGAGUCCAGUGUGCUCCCCGGCGAGCUGCAGCAGAAGAUGGGCAACAGAGGUAGGAUAGUGAGCUGGGCUCCGCAGCAGGAGGUGCUGAGGCAUCCGUCUGUGGCUGCGUUCCUCACGCACUGCGGAUGGAACUCCACAACAGAGAGCAUAUCGGAAGGUUACCUACAGGUGUAUCGGUCAGCCUCUGGUAGCCGGCCGAACCUGCCUCCGGGCCCAUGGGCGCUGCCGGUGGUCGGCCACAUGCACUUCCUGCUCGGCGCCCUGCCGCACCAGGCCAUGCGCAGUCUCUCCCGGCGGCACGGCCCCGUGAUGCUCCUCCGCCUCGGCCACGUCCCGACGCUCGUGCUCUCCUCCGCGGAGGCGGCAAGGCAGCUGAUGAAGGUCCACGACGCCGCCUUCGCGAACCGGCCCGUGUACACCACCGCGGACGUCUUCACCAACGGCGGCCAGAACAUCUCCUUCGCGCGCCACGACACGAAAGACCGUCCGGAAGUUCUGCACCCACUACCCCUUUUCCUACUAGUGACCGUGGAGCUGCUCAGCCCGAGGCGCGUCCGCUCGUUCCGCCCUGUCCGGGAGGAGGAGGCGGCGAGGCUCGUGCGGUCCGUCGCUGACGCUGGCGCCCUCGUCGAUGUCGGCGAGAGAGUGAAGGUCAUGAUGAACGACGUCAUCAUGAGGGUUUCCGUCGGCGACCGGUGCCAGCAGAGGGCGCUGUACCUCAAGGAGCUGGAUAGGGCGAUCGACCUCAUGUCCGGGUUCAACUUGACCGACCUGUUCCCGACGUCGCGGCUGGCGCGGGUGCUCGGCAGCCGGUCCCUUAGGGCGACGUGGGAGGUGCACGGGAGGAUCCAGUCCAUCAUGGACGCCAUGGUCCAUGAGCACAAGAUGGCGAUGGGGAGCGAGGAAGCCAGCGCCGGCCAUGAGAGGGAGGACAUCCUCACCACUCUGCUACGGUUCCAGAGAGACGGUGGGAUGGGUGGCAUCGCCCUCACAAACGAAAAUGUCAGCGGCGUCUUGUUCGACGUUUUUUCCGCGGGGUCGGAAACCACGGCGACAACGACGAUCUGGGCCAUGUCAGAGCUUAUCAGAAACCCACGGAUAAUGGCCAUCGCGCAAUCUGAAGUGCGGCGGGUGCUCCAAGGCAAAACCAAGGUGGCGGAGGCCGACAUCGACGGCCGGCUCCACUACCUCCAGAUGGUCAUCAAGGAGACCUUCAGGUUGCACCCUCCGGUGCCGUUGCUCAUCCCCAGGUUGUGCACGGAACAGCGCAAGAUCAUGGGCUUCGACGUGCCUCCGGGCACCACCGUGUUCGCGAACGUGUGGGCGAUCGGUAGGGACGAGAAGAGCUGGACCGACGCCGAAGAGUUCAAGCCUGAGAGGUUUGAGAGCGAGAUGGUAGACUAUGGUGGGACGUCAAAAAAUGUAUUUUGCCAAGGUCAGAAAGAGGUCUUGGUACCCCACCUUCCUAUUUUACGUUGA